UUCGAUUCUUUUUUCAUUGUUCAUUACUUGUAGUCAUUCUCUUUAUCUGUGCGGAUAAGACGACAGUAUAUCCAGCCAUGGAGGAACAAUCCCCAGUCGAUCUGGAGAACAGAGAUAUCAACUCUCUUAAUUCAUCUAUACAGGUUGCCUUUGAAGAUGUUUUGGGAGAACCAGAUACGACACAUAGUAUCGACUGUGUCUGGAAAAACAGCUACUCAUGUUUCAAUUGUGGAAAGAAUUGUUGCUACAAGUUCAUGAGUACGCUGUGUGGUAUUUGUAUCGCGCUUUACUGGGGAUGCGAGUUCGCCAUGAUCACGUUUCAGAUGGUGUGGUGCUGUACACCCUCUCUCAAGGUCCAUACCAUCAUGCUCGGCAUUUGCCAACGUUUCUUCGGAUCAUGUAUCCAGUGCUGCCUUGCUCCUCUCUGUGAAACCAUGGGAUUAUGUUUCAGUAAUAUCACUAUUAAUAAAAAGUGAGGAGACGUUGUUUCAUGAGUUUAGUAACUCGAUAGACUAAUCAACCUACUUUGUGCUAUAUGGCAAUCAAAAGACUGUGAUACUGACUGAUUUCGACAGGGAUCUGCAAUUGAGUCAAUCAUGUUUUUACAAACACUUGAUACUUCUGGGAAAUAUUCAAUGAACUAUUUAUAAAUCAUCUGUUAAUAUUCUAAAGACAUUGCUGCAUUUCUUUUACAAUAAAAUAUUUGUUUAUAUAUUUAU